GAAAUUCGGCCGGUUUCUGGUGUAAAAAGUGUAUUGUGCUGUGCAAAUAACUUCCUUUCAACGUACAUUGAAGUUAAUUCGUUUGUGAAAUUAAUCCCGAUACUGCAGAGCCAUGGGAAAGAAAUCGAAAGUUGGAAAGGAUCGGCGGGAUAAGUUCUACAAGCUCGCCAAAGAAUCCGGGUACCGGUCGCGUGCCGCCUUCAAGUUGAUCCAGCUGAACCGUCGGUUCGGUUUUCUGCAGCAGUCGCAAGUAUGCAUCGAUUUGUGUGCCGCCCCGGGCGGUUGGAUGCAGGUAGCAAAACAGAAUAUGCCCGUAUCGAGCAUCGUGAUCGGUGUGGAUCUUCACCCGAUCCGGAACGUGCCCGGAUGCAUCAGCUUGAUUGGCGAUAUUACUUCGGACAAAACGAAGUCGGAUCUGACGAAAGAGUUGAAAACAUGGAAAGCCGACGUGGUGCUGAAUGAUGGUGCGCCCAACGUCGGUAAGAACUGGCUUCACGAUGCCUACCAGCAGGUGUGCCUAACGCUCAGUGCGGUCAAGCUGGCUACCCAGUUCCUGCGCCCGGGCGGUUGGUUCAUCACGAAGGUUUUCCGCUCGAAGGACUACAACGCCCUGAUCUGGGUGCUGAAGCAAUUGUUCCGCAAGGUGCACGCGACGAAACCGUCCGCCUCGCGUAAGGAAUCUGCGGAAAUAUUCGUCAUAUGUCAGUACUACAAAGCACCGGACAAGAUCGAUCCUCGGUUUCUGGAUUCCAAGUACGUGUUCGAGGAGCUAGACAUCACACCGAAGGACGAGAAUGUGACAAAUAUUCUGAAAGAGCUGGAGCGCAAAACUGCCAAGAAACCGAAAGUCGAGGGGUACGAAGGAACCGACGUGCGAAAAAUCGUUACCGCAACCGAGUUCCUGCAGAACGAGAAGCCGCUGUUGCUGCUUAGCCGAAUCACGGAAAUUCGUUUCGCGAAGGAGGAUGCCGCAAUCGCCAACCAUCCUCGCACGACGUCGGAGUUGAAGGAGUGCUGCAAGGACAUAAAGAUCCUCGGUCGGAAGGAGCUAAAGGAGCUUCUUAAGUGGCACAAGCUUCUCACCCCCGAGUUUGGUCCCAAGGAAGAGGCUGAAAAGGUCACUGACACGAAGGCCGAUGAAACGAAGGACAAACAGAAGGCGGAGGGCGAGGGAGCGGAAUUAGAUGAAGACGAAAAUGACGAAGAGCUGUUGGAGUUGAAAAAGUUGGACAAAGAGAUAGCGUCCUUGCGUGACGAGGAGCAGCAUGAGUCGCGACGGAAGCGAAAGAAGGCGAACAAAGAGCGCGCCAAAUUGAAUGAAAGGCUCAGUCUGAAGAUGGUCAUCAAGGGCGAUGAUGGACCGACGGAACUGUCGAACGAAGAAUAUUUUCGACUAAACAAAGUUGCCAGUAAGUCGGAGCUCAAAAGCUUACUUGAUCAAGCUCCGGAUUUGGUUGUGGAGGACGAGAAGGCCCCUAAGGAGAAAAAGUACGUCUAUGUCGAUAGUGAGACAAAAGGCGAUCUGUUUGAGGACCACACGCUGCUGGCCGACGGAUCGGACGGAGAUUCCGAGGCGGAUGAGAAUUUCGAUUCGAAAGGGUUGGCCCUCGAUUCGGAGGAUGAGUUGAGUUUCGAGGAGGACGAAGAUCGUGUGGAUCCGUCGGAUGAUGAGGAUCGCAAUCCGCUUAUUACCGAUCUGGACGACCGCAAUAAGACGGACAAGCGUCUGCAACGGGUGCAACUUUGGUACGAACAGGAUGCGUUCCAGAAGCACCAACUCGACGAAAAUGACGAGGAAGUGGACUACGACGUGGACCGGUUGAUUGAGGCGUACCAGAAGGCGGGCGUUAAGGUCCUCGGAACCGACAAGGAUAAAAAGAAACCCCAACCGAAGCUCCCAUUGGGCAAGAAGGCUCGUCGGCGGGCUCGGCACGAUGUUAACGAUGAGAAAUCUGCAAGCGAUGAUAGCAGCAGUUCCUCGGAGGAGGAGGAGGAGAAGCAUGAUGAUGAUAAUAAAGGAGGGAAGGGACAGGCAAAGGCUCCUUCGAAGCACGCUACACUGCAAAAGGUGUCCGGUAAGGGCGGUGCUUUCGAGAUCGUAUCCUCCGAGCCGACGAGCAAGCCGAAGAAGAUCAAGCUCGACGAACAGGAGCUGGCGCUCGGGCAGCUGCUGGUGAGUGGGAAGAAGAUGCGCCGGGACAUUACGGAUGCCGCGUGGAACCGGUUCAUGUUCAACGAUACCUUCCUGCCCGACUGGUUUUUGGAGGAUGAAGCGAAGGCGAUGCGCAAGGAGGUGCCCGUACCGGAGGACGUGGUCGAUCAGUAUCGAAAGGCGAAGGAAGAUUUCAACGUGCGCACGAUCAAGAAGGUGAUGGAGGCGAAGGCGCGCAAGAAGCGUCACGCGACCAAGCGACUGGAGAAGAUCAAGAAGAAGGCCGAAACGAUCAUGGAGAAUGUGGACAACACGAACCAGGAGAAGAUUCGUCUCCUCAAGAAGCUCUACAAAAAGGCGGACGGGAAGAAGAAGGAGGUCACGUACGUUGUGGCGAAGAGGACCGGUGUCAGUGGCAAGAAGGUGCGCCGCCCGAAGGGUGUUGAGGGUCGGUUUAAGGUGGUCGAUCCGCGUUUGAAGAAGGAUCGUCGCGCCGAGGUGGCGAAAAACAAACGUAACAAAAAGACGGGCAAAGGUCCCGGCAAAAAGAGUAAGGUCAAAGCGAAUGCGCGCGGAGGGCGAAAGAAGUGAAGUGGUUUGGAAAAGUUAAACGAUUAAGGAUUGGUUGUCUGCGGUCGCUUGUAAGAAUACAUGUUUAAUAAAUACCUGCAAUUCUCUGUACACAGGUAUACGUACUUUGAAUGUAA